UGAAGAAACGAGCCCGACACACGGACGCAGACUCAUUGAGCUGAUUUGUGACCGUUUGGCUCCGUGCAAACUAAACGCGUGGAGACAUUUAACAGAUUAUGCAUUGAUUAUUCUAUUAUUUUUAUAAUUUCAUAAAAUCUGACAACAAAGGACUUCCACUUUUCCUGCAACUAUUGAAUGUAACAUUGCUCGGAUAAAGAAGGCAGGGAAUUAAAAGCCAUCAUCAUGAAUUUCGUUAUGAAACAAGCGUUGGGAGGAGCCACCAAAGACAUGGGCAAGAUGCUCGGUGGGGAGGAGAAGGCGGAGGACCCGGACGCCCAGAAGAAGGAGGACGAAAGACAGGAGGCGCUGAGGCAACAGGAGGAGGAGAGGAAGGCCAAAUAUGCAAAAAUGGAGUCAGAGAGAGAAAACAUCCGACAGGGCAUCAGGGACAAGUAUGGCAUCAAGAAGAAGGAGGAGAAGGAGGCCGAGGCGGCGGCUGCGAUGGAGCAGGCCUCCGAGGGCAGCCUCACCCGCCCCAAGAAGGCGGUGCCCACCGGCUGUGGUGACGAGGAGGAGGAGGAGAGCAUCGUGGACACGGUCAUGAAGUUCAUCCCGGCCCCGCUCAUGGAUAUGUUCAAUAAAAAGUAA